GCCUCUGUCCCCGUCCAACCACAGCCGAGAGGAGCGCGGAGUUCAUGGGGGAGCUUCACUGACAGAUUAUUUCCCACCUGCCAGUAUCCUCUGUCCAGUCCUGCUUUCCAGUCCUAUUCCCUGCAGCAGAAAUUGGAACAACCCUGUGGAAUAAUAAGGUUUUUAUGGGAAGGCUUUUGGGUUACAGAAGUCAAAGUGUUCUUUACAAGGGCCAAGCACUCAGGACCUGCAGCAAAGACUACAAAAGAGAUUGGAUUCAGAGAAACUAAAAAACUAACCUUCAUCGCUUUGCCAGCCUAAAAUUAAACACGACCAAAUUUCCUACAGCAUGUCUGUGCUGUCCAGCAAUCAUUCAGCCUUAUCACAAGAAACCCACAGUGCUUACAGUGCUGGAACAACUUCUGAGUCAGUGAUGCCAUCUGUAUAUGAAGAGUCAGUCUGUGAGAGUCUCUCUUCUAAACCUGGAAUGGAAACCUACCUUGUGUCAGAACUCUCAGAAGAGGAUGAAGAACCCAUUUACAAAAAUCCAUUUACAAUUCCUCCAGAUAUUGAUAUUUUUGCAAUAAGGAACAAGGAAAGAAAAAAGGCAAAGGCGGAACGUGAAAGGAUGAAGACCAUGAAAAUUCAUGAGAAAAUGACUUACUCUGUUAAAAACAAGGCAAAGGAAAGAGGGCUUAGGAAAGCUUUGAAAAAGGAAGAGGAAGAAGAAAACAGAAAACAGGAAACAGAUGAAGAGAGACUGAAAGCUCUCCAGGAGUGUCUUUCAUGGAAGAUAGCCAUUAAAAAAGAUUAUCCAUUAGAAAAAGAAACUUUCCGUGACUACAUAAAUGACAGAAGGGAGAUAUUUUUACUUGAGUAUGCCAUAGCAGUUAAGAGAGAAGAGAUUCAAAAGUUGGAGAAAAUAGCAAAGAAAGAGGAAAGAAAACUGGAAAAGGCUGAAUACAACCUGGAGAAGGAUAUUGCCAUAUUUGAUGAGUUCCUGAAGGAGAACCAUAAAAGCUCCGUUCAAGCCCUGAAAAUUGCUGAAAAAGAAUCUGCAGCGAAAGCAAAGAAAAUAGUACAGAUCCACGCAAUUGGUUCCCAAAUAAUGAGCCUUCAAAGUGAUAUAACCAGAUUUGAGAAUUCUCUGCGAGAGUACAAGAUGUACAGAGACUUCCUCUAUCAGCUCUCUCCGAAAGAAUGGCAGGAGGAAUACGAAAAAAAGCACGGAAAGCAGUUGAAAACAGCUGACAAAGAAAGUGCCUCAGAGAAGAGUAAGUGCCGUGGCAGAGCUGCCCACUCCUCUGGAGGGCAGCCUCAUGCUCCAAGUGUCCAUCUCCUCUUGUGUCCAGGUCUGACCAUCGAGAUGAACACGAAUGCUAUAGACGUGCCAAGUUCUCUGCUGUCUGUAGAAAGUGUGAACUCAAGCUUAUCACCUGGGACCAGACCACAGCUCAAAAGCCUCCUGAAACCUCUCUCAACAGAAAAUCUGAAUUCAUCGGAGGAUCAAGAGAGCGAAAUCUGCUCGGAUGAAGAUGAGGAGCCUGAGCUGUAUUUUACUGACCCCCAACAACUGCUGUCUGUUUUCGCGGAGAUGGAGGAACAGAACUUUUCCUACCUCUGUAACUUCCAGGAGACACAGAAAGAAAUUAAUGAGCUCCAACACACCUUCAUCAACGCACAACAAAGGAAGGAUCGGGAGCGAGCACAGCUGAAAGAAGUUUCGCUCACCUUGAAAUCCACCGUCACCAAAUUGGAAGAGAGAGCGGCAGACCUGAAGCUCAGAGUUGAAGACUUUUCCUCAGAACACAAAGUUGAUGUCCAGGUACACCCCGAGGUCGAGGAUAAAAUGCUUGCAAGCUUGGGUAGAAAGGUGAGGGAGGUCUAUGGUCACUGCAUUGGAGAAAGCAGGGAAGGCAUGGAGACAAUGGAGAUGCUAGCGGCGAUAGAAAAAAAGCUCAUUGAGUUACUGGACAACCUGGAAAGAAUCCCACCAGCAAAGAUAGCAGAGAUUGAAAAAGCCAAAAAAAGAGAACGGAGAAAGAGGCUGAGAGAGGAAAAGGAACAACAGCAGAAACAGAUGCAGGAGGAGAGACUGCAACGGGCCCUGGAGAGAGCACAGGCAAACAUAGAGAAAAAGACCGGCAGAAGGCUGAUGUUCCGUUCCAGCCCACCUGCCAGGAAGGAAAAGAAAGAGCAAAGCCAAGAACAAAGGGAUAAGGAGAAAGAAGAAAUGCUGUAUUACUUCACUUGAGAGCACGGCCUUUACUAUGUAACGUAGAGCUGAUACCACUCUAGAAAAAGGUUUCUGUAGCUCCAGCCUGAGCCUAUUUGCAGUGUGAGAACUUCAUAGCCUCAUGAAAUUCCUCCUAUCCCAAGAUCCAAAGGAAAGGAGCAAGUCAGGCAACCACUGAUUGUUUUUCUUGACUAAGGAAAUAAAAUAAAAUGCUCUUAUUUUGCUUCUUUGG